AUGAAGUUCUCCAUCACUGCUGCUGUUCUUGCUUUCGCUGCCACCGUCGUGGCCAUGCCCGGUGGUUCUCCUUCCUCCGUUGAUGACAACGGCCCCGGGAACGCCAACGGUGCUGGCAACAAGGGCAACAGCGACGUUCGCUUCCCCGUCCCCGGCGACAUGACUGUCAAGCAGGCCGAAGACAAGUGCGGUGACCAGGCUCAGCUGUCCUGCUGCAACAAGGCCACCUACGCUGGUGACAGCACCAACGUUGACAGCGGUCUCCUCGCUGGUACCCUGUCCAACCUCAUUGGUACUGGAUCUGGCUCCGAGGGUCUUGGUCUCUUCCAGGAGUGCUCCAAGCUCCCUAUCCAGAUCCCCAUCAUCGGGAUCGCCGUCCAGGACAUCAUCAGCAAGCAGUGCCAGCAGAACAUUGCUUGCUGCCAGUCGUCUCCCUCUACCACCGACGACGACCUCAUCGGCCUUGGUCUUCCCUGCAUUGCCCUCGGCUCCCUCGUUUAA